AUGGCUGACAGCCACACGGAAGCUGUCGUCUCGAACGAUGAGCAUCACUCGGAAGAAUCGGAGGUGAAGCGUUUGCAGUGGGCGAUAGAGAAGUUGGAGGAGUUGAAAGACCACCUGUCGAAAGACAUUGGCACCCGCAUUCUGGUGGAAAUCUUCACAAGCAUAAUUGACAGUCUCGUGCGAGAUGUGUGCACCGACGUUCAUAGAGACAUUUGUUUCGACGUCCUACCUCUACCAAAUGAGGAUAGUCAAAACAUGAAUCGUAUUGUGCAAGCAGCUGGUUAUGAUGUGCACGGACAAAUCCCCGAGAAAGUCCCGAAAAGUGAAUUUUUCAACUGCGACCAUUGUGCUCAAAAGAUUGGUGCUGCGAAAUAUGCUGCUCAUCUUGCGAAGUGCAUGGGGCAUGGAGGCCGUCAAAGAGCAAGUCGAAGCGCUGGCGCAGCGCCGACAGAGUCCGGCUCUACCAACACUACAUCUCCAUCUAAUCUGCGGAAUUUGAGCUCGCCCCCGGCGAACGUGGGAUCGAGUGGUAACGUCAGUCCAGUACAGACGGCCAGCAGAGUCACCAGUCCUCCUCAGGCGAAUUCAUCGCACUCGCCGAGUGGAGUUGAUUCGCUGGGGAAACGAUCCAGACAGGCCAGUGGAGACGUGGAAUAA